AUGAUAAAAAUUCGUGUGGCACUGCCAACAUACAGUUGUGUAGAACAGUUCACAAUUGCUCUAUUUAAUUUCAAAGGACCAGUGAAAAGUAUUACCUAUGAUAGUCUCAUCUCAAAAUUACGUGAUUUUACACGAACAAAAAAAGGAAAAUUUUAUGUUUCAUGGCAUGAUGGAACAGAAUAUUGCACAAUAUCAACUUCAAAUAGUCUACGCGAAGCAAUUGUUACAAUGAUUUACGAACGUGAAGAUAAAACACCACUAAUACCGGAGAAUUUGCCUAAAGAUUUUCGUGAUCGUGCCUCUAGAGCAGAUUUUAAUAAAGAACGAGAAUACUGUGAGCCUGAAUUACCUGUUACCAUGCAGUUAAUAUGCAAUGUGUGCAACAAACAAAAUUGGCAAGGGGAUCGAUACACAUGUGUUGUAUGUCCAAAAGUUGUUUUAUGUCCAACGUGUUUCAACGAUAACAAACAUUCACAGCAUCCUAUUCUAAUUACCGGAGACAACACGGAAUUUCCGUGUCCGGUGGUGAAAGCAGUUAAAAUUGUCGCUGCCGAUGUUAGCGCAGAUGACUUGGAAGAUGAUGACUAUGUCAAUGAGGAGGAAUCAGUUACUUCUGAUUCAAGGCCAUCAUCAUCAUCUACUGCUGUAGAUACAGAUGAAGAUGUCAAUAAAACGCUAUGUAUGCUUCGAGAAAUGGGUUUUGAACAAAACACCAAAGAACUGAUUGAAUUAGUCAGAAAGGAGCAUGGUAAUUUGCAGACGAUAAUUGAAAAGUUGGCCAAUUAA